CAAUCCGCCAAUAAGGCCCGCAGCUGGCGCAACUCUACCAACUUGUCGACACUCCAAGCCACGCAACACCUCAACAGAAGCUUGUAGGCGAAGCAACCUUCCUUUUUGUGUCCAAGGAAUGCCUCGCACUCUUCUCGAAAACUCCUCGGCUGCCUAACUCUGUACUUCGAAUUUGCAUACUGUGUCCCCAUCGCUGGUGACCGCACCCAGCCCUCAUUCAACGCCGAAGCAAUUCCCCGAAACCUGCAGCGUCCAUGAGUUGAAACCACCUCCGCCUCGUCGAGGAUUCACUCCCUUCCUCCGUAUUCAGAACGCUCACCAGUUCUCUGACAUUGCCGCCAUGCCACACCGUCAUAUAUCCAACCUUCGCCAAUGGCUCCUCUCCUCACCGCCUGCAGAAUGGGCCCUCAACCAACUGCGCGAGCUCUUAAUCGGCGCUCUCCGCCAGGGCCCUGUGCCUCGACAUGUUGCGUUUGUCAUGGACGGAAAUCGACGAUUUGCAAAGAACAACAGGAUUGAGACUGUCGAGGGGCAUAAUCUGGGCUUCGAAGCACUGGCAAAGAUACUGGAAGUAUGCUACAAAUCCGGCGUGCACACCGUGACGAUAUAUGCCUUCAGCAUCGAGAACUUCAAGCGCAGCAAGUACGAGGUUGACGCUCUUAUGUCCAUGGCCAAAAUCAAGCUCAAACAGCUCGUCCAACACGGCGAACUGUUGGACCGCUACGGUGCGAGAAUACGCGUAUUAGGCCAACGGGAACUGAUCAAGCCGGAUGUCCUGGAGGCGGUGGAUAAAGCGGUGGAAAUGACGAGCAGAAAUGAAGGGAACUGUGUCCUGAACGUGUGUUUUCCAUACACCUCGAGGGAAGAAAUCACGAGUGCCAUUCGGAGCACGGUGGAGGAGUGGACCACGCCGCUACCAGAAGACAUCAAUGGCAAGGGGAGAAGAAGCCCAUUCACGGAGGAGAGGAUCGCCAGUACGAUAUGGUCCGAACAGUUGUCCCAACAAACAGCACCAAAUCCCACCGCGUCGAGAACAUUUCUAUCACCACCUGGAGUGGACAUGCAGUCGCCGUCGUCGAGCACAACGAGCCUGUCGUCUUACUCCCCCGACCCGUCUGACCGCGACCACGACGCCUCAUCCGUCUCGACCUCAACAACCCUGCAUCACGACGACGGGCUCACGUCUCCCUCACCACCGCUGCAACCACUAACCUCACCACAAAAGCCUGCACAGCAGACCCCCACAUACCCUUCGCCCGAACUGAUCACGCCGGCCACCCUCACAUCCCAUACAUACACGGCCAGCUGCCCGCCCAUUGACCUCCUCAUCCGCACCUCGGGCGUGUCGCGGCUGAGCGACUUCAUGCUCUGGCAAUGUCACGAGUCGACGCAGAUUGUGUUUCUGGACGUGCUCUGGCCCGAGUUCGACCUGUGGUCAUUCCUCCCCGUGCUGUGGGAGUGGCAGUGGCGCAGACGGCGCGAGGAGCGGGACGCUCGGGAAACCGAGGCCCGAGAGGAAGAGAAGAGGAGAGGGAAGUCUUCCAGCACCAGUAAGGCGAGGAAGGCUGCGGAUCUGGUCCACAUGCACGCUUCCUGAUCGGAGUGGUGUUGGCUGAUAAGGCCCCUGCACACACCAAGUGGGAGCAAGGCGGGCGGAGCGUCAGAAGAAGAGAGGCGUGAAAACCAGGAAUCAGCCAGUCUGUGUGCACACCCAACCCGCUUUCCACGCGCCCACUCCGAAGCUGGAGACGGACAUGGCAAUGGGAACCAGAAUUAGAUGUACUUGUUGCACACGGACCCCCUGUUCUGGACUCGGGGCCGCAAUCCCCCCUCAACAAAUCGCUCGAGCCUCGACGGCUGAUGCUGGAGGAAAGUUGCAUUCGGUGUCACACCACCACCACCACCACCACCGUCGUCGUCCUCAUCAGCUUCAUCUCCCACCCGGGCGAGACGCCUAUGGCUGUAUGCAUGUAUGUACGUGCGUUUCAAAGCGGACGAGUAGAAAUAGAACCGCACACAACAAAAAGAUACCAUACCAUACCAUACCACACCACACCCUACCGUGUUAUAGAAUACAAGCUAGAGAAAUAAAAGAGAUAGAGAUACCCAUCAUUAAAGGACUUGGAACAAAAGGUAACCUCUUAAAGAAAAGGGGGAAUCAUGAAUGACUAUAAUCGAUGUCCGUUCGAUGCGGACCGAGUCGUACAUGGUCCGUGUGAGGACACAGUACAUGAAUAUGAAUAUGCUGAACGAGCCU